AUGGGGAGCAAAUGUAAAUACCGACAAAGCUGCAAUUACCUCCGGCUGUUUGGCCCAGUUCCUAACAGGCUACAGACAAUGUCAGUACAAAAGAGAGAAUUAAAUACGGGUGAUGUUGAGACAGCUAAGAAUAUUUGUGUUCACCAGUGUUCCCAGUGCCACACCAGGGAAAAGGGAGGCAAGCACAAGGCUGAGCCUAAUCUCCAUGGUCUCUUUGGGUGGAAGACAGGCCAGGGCAUUGGAGUCUGCUUCACAGACACCAAUAAGAACAAAGGCCUCACCUGGGAAGAGGAUACACUAACAGAGUAUUUGGAGAAUCCAAAGAAUUGCAUUUCUGGAACAAAAAUGAUCUUCAGCAGCAUUAAGAAGAAGGGAGAAAGGGCAGACUCAAUAGCUUAUCUCAAAAAAGCUGUUCAUGAGUAA